GGUUAAAAUAAAAUAAGGGUUCAGUUUUUAAAUUCAACACCAUCCCAAAGUUCUCAUUUUUUCUUUUAAUUAGUUAAUCAUUUUCGACCUAACUUAGUCAUCUCCUUCCCCAAGAAGAUGCUUUUACUUUCUCACCAAAAGAAAUAUAUUAAGGGAAAAAGUAAGAUACUUGUAAUUAAUUCUAUGACAGUGUAAGUUUCAGAGAGUGAACCAAUUAACGGGGUUGACAAUGAAGUCAACAAUGAAAAAAAAUCAGACAUGACUUGAGGGGCAAGGAGGAGAAAAGUUCAAACAGUAAUAGGGUUUCUGUUCAUAGAUUCUCUUGUCUUGUUUUUUGUUUUUGUCGUGUCUUGUUUUGUUAUCUCUGCUUAACGAAAUAGAUGAUGUGGUCUUCUGUGGUAUGUUUCAUUGAUAAGACUUUUUUGCUUCUUUCCACGUAACUCUUACGGUAGCUGUUUCCCAGAAGGCCACAAGAAGUUUCUUUCAAGCUUCUGAAUUGUACGAAGUCAUGAAGUCAACCCGAUUUGGAUAGUGAUGAUGAAUGAUUCCUCCUUCCUAGAAUUUUUCCUCUGAAAAACAAAUUCCACUGUCCAAAACCAAGUUCCCACAGAGAUCUGAUUCAUCUUUUGUUCAGAGGUGUUGAGAAAAAGUGGUGGGGAUUGUUUCUUGUGUUGGGAAGCACCAGUUUGCAUCAAUGAGUAUUAUGAGAAAUGGAAAGUACCAAACUGUUGGCUCAACCUCACUAGAUACUAGUGUUGGUCUUGUUUGCCACUAUCAAUUUGAAAAUGGGUCAUCUCAGUUUGUGUUCAUGGAUGUUGAAAGUGGAAAAAGAGCUUCCCUUAACCACUGGCUCUGCUUCUCCACUGAAAACUUUGUGCAGACCCUUGCUUUGAGCAAUGGCUUAAUUCUCUUGUCCGGUUUCAGUGAGGACCAGUUCUGUUAUCAUGUGUUCAACCCCCUCACCAAGCUCAAUCUCACAAUCCCUCAAACCAGAAUCCAAGAGAAUGUUACCAGAGUUGGAUUAGCCUUUGAUGGAUGCCAAUUUGAGGUUGUGCUGGUUGAAGCAGCUUCUUCACAAUCCAAUCAACUAAAAGUUCAUGUUUUCUCUUCUGCCACUGGAAAAUGGAGGAGCCACCACCCCAUUAACAUAACUGUUCCUUCUUUGCCAGAGUCUGAGUUUCAAGAACUUGGCACAGCCCCUCUUUACUCAAACGGGUCAAUUCAUUGGGAAAUUGGUGGACACUUGUUGGUGUAUGAAGUCCAAGGAAGCCAUUGUGAGCUAUAUGAACUACCAAACUAUUCCAAGGAUGGGUCUUGGCAACCAACAUUAACUUUUCGUCGUCGUUUGUGUGAGUCAGGAGGCAGAAUUUACUACUGCUACACUGAUUUUGAUGGCUUCCACAUUUGGAAACUUCUCAAUGAGCAUGAGCAUGAAGGGUUCCUGUAUUAUUGGGAUUACAAAACGUUUCCUUGGAGUUUAGUACAUAGUGUUGAGCCUGAAGUGUUCAUGUCUAAGCUUGAAAACUUUUGUGGCAUCUUCUUCUAUGAUUGGGACCCUUUCAAGAUUGCACCCGUUGGCUUUAGUGAACAAUCAAAAAUCAUAUAUUUGCAGCUUCCAGGAUCUGUUGUUUCUUACAAUCUUGGCACAGGAACUCUGAAAUCAAUCUGCACCUACUCUUGUUCAGACAUGAACUUCAAUUGCUGCUCCUUCUUUUCUUCAACUUGUCACAAUGUUCUGAGUGACAGCAAUGGAGAAACAGAGCUGAAUCUACCCAUUGAAGAAGUAGAAAAGUUAGCCCUCUAAAUUACGUUUUGGUUCAGUGAUGAUUAUGGGGUUCAGGUGUCAUUGAACUCCAUAAUUCUAGUACUAGUUUUGACGUUUUGCUUUGUAAACAGUUAUAUGAAAGUAUGUAUGUGUGUCUAGAAGAAGAACACUUUAGUGCUUAUUCAGGUACAUAGUUAUCUGUAUAUAUGUAUGUGACCCAUAAGCACAUUCUCAUCUUACUAAUAGAUUACGAGAAUGUUUAAAUAAAUUUCUUGGUUAGAUGUUUUCUUAACUUAACUUCUUUUAAGAAUUUAAUCUCAAUCUAAAUUAUUUUAAUAUUUAAAAA